ACACGACUUUAUGAAUAAUAACAACAGAUGUCCUGAUGUCAAACAGAAAGAGAGUGACAUUAAGCUAUUAAUAGAACAGAAAACAGUGACCCUGGAGAAACUGAAACUCAGUCCCAGUCUACUGUCAGAUGACUUCGCCAGUUUCUGCUUUGCUGAGCUGAGUCCAGUAUGUGCCAUCAUGGGUGGAGUCAUGGGGCAAGAAAUCAUUAAGGCAGUAUCCCUGAAGGACCAGCCUCACGAUAAUUUCUUCUUCUACAACGGAAUAGAGGGCAGUGGCUUGGUCGACAAAAUUUCCUCAUCUUGACCCCGAACCUGACCCUGGAGCCAUGUAAUAGGACAUUAUCAUGGAAUGCUGGCUAUCUGUAUUGUAAUUCAUCUCAUUUUGUCAGUUGAUAUUGUCAAUAAAAUAUCAAAC